UUCUUUUCAAUCCAGAGGAGUUCCAGAACGACCCGGAAUCCCACCACUAUAUCAGCAUUCAGCAGUCUCACUCAUGAAUUUGACGCAAGGCAAAAGCAAUGGGGGUGACAGUCUGCAUAGGCGACAUCCAUGGCUUCAUGGAAAAGCUAGGGCGGCUGUGGGAAAAUCUGGAAAAACACAUAGGCUCUGCUGCCUUUCAACAAGCUCGCAUAAUAUUCCUGGGGGAUUACUGUGACAGAGGACCCCACACGGCCAAGGUCAUCGAUUUUCUUUCCUCCCUCCCCUCGCGAUAUCCCUCGCAGAAGCACGUCUUCCUCGCCGGCAACCAUGAUUUUGCCUUUGCCGCUUUUCUUCACCUCCUGCCCGCCACCCCCUCUUCACUGGCUCUUACCUGGGCUGAGUAUGAGAAGAAUGAGGAACGGGAGGGAUGGUGGUCGGGCCCGGGUUUUGAACGAAUGCACAUCCAGGGCAGACGGUGGGCUGGUAAUAUCCGCGACCGUUUCAAUGUCAAGAAGGGGAUGGAGUACAAGGGUUCCAUCUACGACGCAGGUCCAACAUUCGAGUCCUAUGGACUGCCUCACGGACACCCAGAUCUGAUAAAUGUUGUUCCAGAGAACCACAAGAAAUUUUUGCACGAUCUUGUGUGGGUACAUGAAGAGGAAGAAGUUGAAACUGGAGAUCCAGAAAUUGGUUGCACCAAGUUAGUUGCUGUGCAUGCAGGUCUUGAAAAAACAAAUAGUGUGGAGGAACAAAUGAAUGUCUUAUAUAACAGGGAUGCUACAUUUCCAAGAAUUGAGGCUCUUAGUGGGAGAAAGAAUGUAUGGGACAUUCCAUUGGAAUUAUCAGAGAAGAAAGUCAUGCUUGUAAGUGGCCACCAUGGAACUCUUUAUGUGGAUAAACUUCGGCUCAUUAUUGAUGAAUGUGGAGGAUUGGAGCAUUUACCAAUCGCUGCAGUUGUAUUUCCAUCAAGAACGAUCAUACGUGAUACAGAUUUGCAGACAUAGAAUUGGGCUUGUGGUAAAGAAAAAGCAAUGCUUAACAUAUGUUGUCACCGUUUAAAGGGUAACAAUGGAAAUUGUUUUGAGUUUAACAUGUAUAGUGUAAAAAACUGUUUGGCCAGUUUUUCAAUUAUUCAAAAUGAUUUGUUGGAUUCAUAUAUCUGUGUUCAGGCGUAUUGCUGAUUAAUGAAUAUUUAUGUACUACUUAUUCAUGUUUGACUGGUAUCCAGUAUUUUGGCACAUUGUGCAAUCAGCAGGAGAUGAGUUAAACUUGUGAAAGGGAACUAUUGUAUCCCUAUGCUGUAAUUCACAUGAUGCUUUUAUGUGCAUGUUUGUGGAAAAGUGAUUACAAAAUUCUCAUGUAGAUGUCAAUACACUGGUUCCUUGAAAUGUAGAUGUCAAUACGCUGGUUUUUUGCAA